CUGCCAAAAGGGGGGAAAAAUCAAGAGCUGCUCUUAAAAGAAGUUGCCCUUGCUGGUGCUCAGGGUAAAAAUAGAGGCGGCCGCUCGGAACGGCUUGGCCCUGACUCCAGGCAUCCCGGGAGCUGGGCUGGAGCAGCGCGUUCCGGCGUGAUCACGGGAGCUGCCAGCAGGUGUUGCUCAAGUGCCAAUAUCAUGAAGAGGAACUCAGACAGCUCCUACCACAUGAUACAAGAGCCGGCUGGGGAAAGAAAAGGGACCAGAAAGAGAAUUUGCUGAAGAGGAGGAAGGAAAAAAAAAAAAAAAACCCAAACCCCUGUGCGUGAGUGGGGAGGAAAAGCAGGGCCUUUAAGAAGGCAAUCACAACAACUUUUGCUGCCAGGAUGCCCUUGCUUUGGCUCAGAGGAUUUCUGUUGGCAAGUUGCUGGAUUAUAGUGAGGAGUUCCCCCACCCCAGGAUCCGAGGGGCACAGUGCAGCCCCCGACUGUCCGUCCUGUGCGCUGGCCACCCUCCCAAAGGAUGUACCCAACACUCAGCCAGAGAUGGUAGAGGCCGUUAAGAAGCACAUUUUAAACAUGCUGCACUUGAAGAAGAGACCCGAUGUCACCCAGCCAGUGCCCAAGGCGGCACUUCUGAACGCGAUCAAAAAGCUUCAUGUGGGCAAAGUGGGGGAGAACGGGUAUGUGGAGAUAGAGGAUGACAUUGGCAGGAGGGCAGAAAUGAAUGAACUUAUGGAGCAGACCUCGGAGAUCAUCACGUUUGCGGAAUCAGGCACAGCCAGGAAGACACUGCACUUUGAGAUUUCCAAGGAAGGCAGUGACCUGUCAGUGGUGGAGCGUGCAGAAGUCUGGCUCUUCCUGAAAGUCCCCAAGGCCAACAGAACCCGGACCAAAGUCACCAUCCGCCUCUUUCAGCAGCAGAAGCACCCUCAGGGCAGCUUGGACAUGGGAGACGAGGCCGAGGAAGUGGGCUUAAAGGGGGAGAGGAGUGAACUGUUGCUUUCGGAGAAGGUGGUGGAUGCUCGGAAGAGCACGUGGCACAUCUUUCCUGUCUCCAGCAGCAUCCAGCGAUUGUUGGACCAGGGCAAGAGCUCCCUGGACGUGCGGAUUGCCUGUGAGCAAUGCCAGGAGAGCGGUGCCAGCCUGGUACUCCUGGGCAAGAAGAAGAAGAAAGAAGAGGAGGGGGACGGGAAGAAGAAGGAUGGAGGCGACGGAGGGGCGGAUGAAGAGAAGGAGCAGUCGCACAGACCUUUCCUCAUGUUGCAGGCCCGGCAGUCUGAAGACCACCCUCACCGCAGGCGUCGGCGGGGCUUGGAAUGUGAUGGCAAGGUCAACAUCUGCUGUAAGAAACAGUUCUUUGUCAGUUUCAAGGACAUUGGCUGGAAUGACUGGAUCAUCGCUCCUUCUGGCUAUCAUGCCAACUAUUGCGAGGGUGAGUGCCCGAGCCAUAUAGCAGGCACAUCGGGGUCCUCGCUCUCCUUUCAUUCGACCGUCAUCAACCACUACCGUAUGCGGGGCCACAGCCCCUUCGCCAACCUCAAAUCGUGCUGCGUGCCCACCAAGCUGAGACCCAUGUCCAUGCUGUACUACGAUGAUGGGCAGAACAUCAUCAAAAAGGACAUUCAAAACAUGAUCGUGGAGGAGUGUGGGUGCUCCUAGAGCCCCACAGCCGCCCAGGGGAAGGGAACUAGAGGUGUCCAGAGAAGACAAUGACAAAAUGAAGAAAAUUUUUUAAGGUUUCUGAAUUAGAUAAGCAGAAAAACAUAGAAAUUAAAAACACAAAAAAC